AUGGCGAGGUGGCGGCUGCGGGGGGAGGGGGCGAGCGGGGUUUGGGGGUGCGGGGGGGCCCCGCGUUUGGAGGCGAGGGGGGGCCGGGUGCGGGCUCCGGGGGGGGCGGGGUCGCGGCCGCGGGGCGAGCCGGGGUUCGGGGGGUUCGGGGGUGCCCCCCCAAACCCUGCCGAGCUCCGCGCCCCCCCCCGCGCCGCCCCCGCGCGCGCUGUCCCCACGCACACGCGCUCGCUCGCGCCGUCACGCGCGCGCACACGGCGGGGCUGGACCCCCCCCCCGGGGGGCUCGGGGGCGGCCGUGCCCCCCACCAGCCUCCUGCGGGGCGCCCCCGGACGCCCCCGGCUCCUGCCGGGGCUCUCGGAGCUGGCCGGGAGACUCAGCGCCGCCGGGUUCCUGCUUCCCACGGGCCCCCCCAAAAUCGGCGCCGAGGGGGGAAACGCGAGCCUGGAGCUGGACGAGGCGGGGAGCGGCGCCGAGCCAGCGCUGUCCCCGGGCCGCCAGCCCUCCCGGGGGGCCGCGCCGUCCCCCGCCGCCGCCUCCGCCUGCACCCCCGGAUCCGCCUGCGGCGCGGGGGGGCCCGGCCCUUCCCUGGCGCCCCCCUUCUCCUGGCCGCCCCACUUUCUGCCGCUGGGCACCCCCUGGCCCGAGGCCGCGGCGCUGUGGGGCGCGGCCUGGGGGGGGCACGUCUAUGGGGCGGGGGCGGCCUUCGCGCUGCUGGGCGGGCUGGGGGCGCUGCUGCUGUUCGGGGGGCGGCGGCCGGGGCUGGCGCGGCUGCUGGGGGGGCUGCUGGCCGCCGCCGCCUUCGCCCGCGCCUUCCCGCUCUUCUUCGACCCCUACGAGCGGGGGGCGCGGCUGCCGCCCCCCGCCGCCCGGGCGCUGUUCGAGCUGCCGCCGCCCUGCCUGGGCUGGGGGCUGGCGCUGGCGCCCCCCGCCCGCGGCGCGCCGCUGCUGCUGGGGCUGGGGCUGCUGCACCUGGGGGCGGCCCUGGGGGCCGUGGGGGCCGUGGCGGCGCUGGGGGCCCCGCGGCGCUGCUGCUGCUGCCCCGGGCGCUGUUCGCCGCUCUGGCGGCCGCGCUGGCGCUGGGCGGGCUGGGGGGGCUGCGGCGCUGCGGGGCGGGCGGGGGGCGCGCCAAGCGCGGGCCGGGGGCGCGGGUGCGGGCGGGGGUCCCGCGGCUGCUGGGGGCGGCGGGGGCGGCGCUGA